AUGUCCACCAGCUCAAGAGAGAACUCUCUCGGGAUCCGCCGUGACGGUCUUGGGAGACGCCAUGCCAUUCCCGACAACCUCCGCAACCUCGUCGUCCUCACCGUUGGCGAGUUUUUCGGCACCUUCAUGUUCCUCCUCCUCGCUUUUGUCGGCACCCAGGCUGCGCUCAACACCAAUGAUCCCAGUGACCCCUCCGCCCCCCUCAUGCCAUUCUCCCUCCUCUACAUCGCCGCCUCCUUCGGAUGCUCCCUCGCCGUGAAUGUAUGGAUCUUCUACCGUGUCACUGGCGGAAUGUUCAACCCGGCUGUCACACUCGGUCUCCUCCUCGUCGGAGCCGUGACACCCAUUCGCGCUCUAUGCAUCGUCCCUGCCCAGCUCGUCGCCGGUAUCGCAGCAGCUGCCGUGACGGAUGGUCUCCUGCCCGGUCCUCUGGGCGUGGCCAAUGCGCUGAGCAACGGCACCAGCGUCGUCCAGGGCCUCUUCCUCGAGAUGUUCCUCACUGCGCAGCUCGUCCUCACCGUCUACUUCCUCGCGGUCGAGAAGCACAGGGCCACGUUCCUUGCCCCCAUCGGCAUCGGCAUCUCCGUCUUCAUUGCGCACAUUGCCGGCACAAACUUCACCGGCACCUCCAUCAACCCUGCGCGCUCCUUCGGUCCCGCUGUCAUCACCGGGUUCGUCGGGUAUCACUGGAUCUACUGGCUGGGGCCCUUCAUGGGCUCGUUCCUCUCGUUUGGCGUGUACUCGCUCAUGAAGUGGCUGGAGUACCGCACCGCCAACCCUGGCCAGGAUGACGGGGACGUCGAGUCGGGAAAGUUUCUUCCAAGUGGUCCGCUGUCCCCUGUUGCGGUUGUCGAGUCCGAAGGUAAGCCCCGGCCCACAACUGGCAGGAAUGACAGCGUCAUGGACGGCCAGGUGCAUGAUGGCGUGUCUCAGGUUUGA